AUGAGCCCAUCAGCCAUCAAUACGGUCACUAGCGCUCUUGCCUCAUCCACGACUCAAACAUCAACCGCGCAAACACCGGCACUCUUCUCUCUCGCUGGGAAGACAAUCGCCAUCACAGGAGGUGGUCGUGGACUCGGAAUUACCCUUGCAUUCGCUGUCGUGGAAGCAGGCGGACACGCAGCCUGCCUAGACAUCCUUCCAGAACCAAGCAACACAGAAUGGCAAGCCUUGACGAAGCUUGCUAAACAACUCGGCACUACAGCGACAUACCGCAGAUGUGACGUUACUAGCGAAGCGGAAGUCACUCAAGUUCUCGAUGAGAUAUCACGCGAGGCUGAUGAGCAAGGCGCGCCUUUGAAUGGCAUGGUCGCAUGCGCGGGUAUCCAACAAAGAGUGCCAGCGCUCGACUAUGAAGCAUCAGACUUUGAGCGCAUGCUACGAGUGAACGUUGUCGGCGCGUUCAUAUCGGUCAAAAGAGCUGCGAGGAUACUGAAGGACAAGGGUACUGGUGGCUCCAUCGUGCUCAUCGCUAGUAUGUCGGGUCAGGUCGCCAAUAGGGGUCUUACAUGCACAGCCUACAACGCCAGCAAAUCAGCUGUACACCAAAUGUGUCGCUCGCUUGCGCAAGAGUGGGGCCAGUAUGGUAUUCGGGUGAACACGCUUUCGCCAGGUUAUAUCCGAACUGCGAUGACCGACGAACUUCUCGCAGCAGAUCCAGAUGUAGAGAAGACGUGGAUGGCUGGCGCACUACUUGGGAAGCUUGGUGUACCGGAUGACUUCAAAGCACCAGCAGUGUUCUUGCUAGCAGAAGGAAGUCGAUUCAUGACUGGUGCCGACCUCAGAGUGGAUGGCGGUCAUUGCGCGUCUGCCUAA